UAUCUACAAUCUUUAGAACUCAUCAAACAACUCAAGAUGUGAAUAGCCGGGGGACUUCAACCUCUCAAUCCACUGCUUUACAAUACCCAGAACUUGAUAUAACGACCUCCUCAGUUUAUUAUAAAAUUUGA